GCACGCGCUCGAGCUACAUUGUUCCAGUGCCCAAACAGCCUUAGCUAGGAAGAGAGAGCGUCUCGAGUGCUGAGUGCUGCCAAGAACUUGUCUCUCCGCGGCGGCGUUCCAAGACACACCCGGUCUUGGAAGGAAUGACGUCAAGAUAGAGCCACCCGAAGGCGUCCGAAUGUCUCUGAAUCCUGACGCUCCGACCCCUUCAGCCUCCAGCAGCUCGUCUUAAGGGGCGGGGCUCCCCCUGUUCUCCCGGCGUGUCUACACUUUGCUCGCAAUGCCUCUGCCGCAGGGUGACGUGACUGCCUUAUUCCUGGGGCCUCCGGGCUCGGGAAAGUCCGCGCUGAUCUCCGCGUUAUGUGGCAAGAAUGUGGAAACGGUAGAGAUUCCUGAAGGACGACCGGAUUCUGGAGUCCCCGUUCUGAGAGCUGCGGCCCCAGGCCUCUUCCUAGGCGAACUGAGCUGCCCACCCGCAGCUCCAGGACCCUGGGCGGCGGAGGCCAACUUGCUGGUAUUGGUUCUACCAGGAUCUGAGGGGACUGAGGAGCCCUUGACCCCAGCUCUGGGAGAGGCAGCGCGGGCCGCCCUGGCCCGAGGGACCCCGCUGCUGGCUGUACGGAAUCUCCGUCCUGGAGAUUCCCAGAAUGAAGCUCAGGCCCGGGAUCAAACUGCGACCAUGCUGAACAGUGCUGGGUUAGGAGCUGCUCCUCUCUUUGUGCUACCGGCCGAUUGCAGCAGCAGUGACCGCUGCGAAGAGCUGGAGCGCCUGCAGGUGGUGCUGCGGACCCAGGCGGAGGCGCUGCAGAGGCUCCUGCCACCUGCUCAGGAUGGCUUCGAGGUGCUGGGUGCAGCAGAGCUGGAAGCUGUGCGCGAGGCCUUCGAGACGGGUGGCCUAGAGGCGGCACUGUCGUGGGUGCGCGCUGGCCUUGAGCGCCUGGGCAGCGCGCGACUGGACCUGGCGGUGGCCGGCGCUGCCAAUGUAGGACUUGUGCUGGACAUGCUACUGGGCCUGGAUCCUGGCGACCCAGGUGCUGCGCCUGCCUCGGAGCCCACUGGACCCACCCCUUAUCCGGCUCCAGAGCGCCCCAACGUGGUGCUCUGGACAGUUCCCUUGGGCCCCACGGCCACAUCCCCUCCUGCCACCCCUCAUCCGACCCACUAUGAUGCCCUGAUCCUCGUCACCCCUGGGGCUCCCACCGAAGAGAACUGGGCCCAGGUCCGCUCAUUGGUGUCCCCAGAUGCUCCACUCGUCGGUGUGCGCACGGAUGGCCAGGGCGAGGAUCCACCCGAGGCUCUGGAAGAAGAAAAACCUGAGAAGCUCGAGAAUGCAGGCGGCGGGAAGUCAGGGGAUGCACGCAGCGAAGGAAAAGAAAACCCUGGUUCCGGGGACUCAGGGCCCACGGCUGCUCGGAGCCCGGAAGAUGAGCCGUGGGAGGUGCUGGAGGAAGUGCCUCCGCCGGUGUUCCCUCUGCGCCUAGGUGGUCUCCCGGGGCUGGGAACCUGGCUGCAGCGUACACUGCCUGCGGCUCAGUCCGGGGCGCUUCUGCUGGCGCUGCCACCCUCAAGUCCCCAGGCGGCGCAGAGGAAGGCGGCAGCGCUGCGGGCAGGAGCGUGGAGGCCAGCCUUGCUGGCCAGCCUGGCGGCGGCGGCCGCUCCAGUACCAGGAUUGGGCUGGGCUUGCGACGUGGCGCUUCUCCGGGGACAGCUGGCCGAGUGGCGGCGCUCGCUGGGCCUCGAACCAACGGCAGUGGCACGCCGUGAGCGCGCCCUGGGCUUGGCUCCUGGAGUGCUGGCCGCGCGCACGCGCUUCCCGGGCCCAGUGACACGCGCUGAGGUGGAGGCCAGACUGGGGUCCUGGGCAGGUGAGGGCACAGCGGGAGGCGCUGCGCUGGGCGCACUCUCCUUCCUAUGGCCCGCAGGUGGCGCAGCAGCGACAGGUGGGCUGGGUUACCGUGCUGCUCACGGUGUACUGCUGCAGGCCCUGGAUGAGAUGCUGGCUGAUGCUGAGGCGGUGCUGGGACCCCCAGAGCCCAACCAAUGAGGAGUGUGGUAGGGGCUGGGGUGUCUGGUGACUUGAUUUCUGGCCCAACAGCCUCUGAGAUUGAGGGGUGGUACUCAGACCCGGGGACUUGAAGGAGACUGACUUCUCGUUGAAAUCUGCAACAUACAGUCACCUGAUUUCCUGGGUUAUGAAUGGGAGUAGGGUCUGAGCGCCAUUAGUUUGCCUUUCAGAUGCUAAUGCAGUGAAGGGAGUUGGGGGCCUGGGCUCCUAGAAAUGGGAGCCUCUUGGCCUCCAGCUGGCACCUGGUCCUAGAUAUUUAAGCCUAGAUUACUGCCUGUGAGUGGACCUAUGGCUGUGGGCCUGGUACUAUAGGGAGUUAGAACCCUUGAAGGGCUGGGUCCCAAUGGGAAACAAGAUGUGUAAGUUGCCUCGGAAAGAACAGGUUUUUCAUUUCAGGAGCCAUGAGAGUCUUAAAUGCUGGUGCUUAAGACGUGGGACUCGGUUGUCAAUUCCUGUGUGGUAGGAAACCCUGUAGAGACGCCUUGGUCUCAUGGAGAAUGGAGGUUCGUCCGCCAUUUGAUCUCGGAGGCUUUGGUGUAGAGAACAUUGUCCCACAAAAUUGAAGGGAAGGAACCAGAGGUCUAGGCAUGGUGGUCUCCUGAUGGCCAGAUUCUGGGAAUGGGGUCUUUUCGUUAUGGAAGAGUAGAGACCCACACUUGAGAAAUGCCUCCCCGUGCUUUACUGGGAAGCAGUGUGACUACCCCCACUUUAGAGGUGCUGGGUGAUCCAGGGUCUCUGGCAUGUGUGUUCCUGUUCCGCUUUACUCUAUCACUGGUUUCCUCUGUCAUAAGGAGUGCUUCGCUCUUGCUGUUUCGGAAAGGCGAGGAGGGGAUGUCCUGCUGCAGCAGUCUAGACUUCUCUGGGAAGGUACCAGGAGUGAGGCAGAAACCACAGUGCUGCUAGCUUUGUGUAGGUGGGAUGUGCCACCGUAUUGUUCUUCAGUGUCAAAACAGAAAAGGAGGACUGGGUAGAUGGGGCCGCCAGGCUCAGAGAUGCAGGCCAGAGACUCAUCGACACAGCAAGGUACUGUGUGACCUGGCCCCUGCCUCCUCUCAUUCCCUAUCCAUCUCCAGCAAGCCUGGUUUGUCUUUCUGAUGCUUGGGUCCCACCUCAGGACUUGUGAUUUUCUGUUUUUCUGUGGAAUGCUCUGCCUCCCCAUCUUUUUGAGAUUGGGUCCUUAUCCAUCAGAUCUCCCUGAAAUGGCUCCUUUAGAAGCUUUCUGAUCACCCCAAGUAGCUUACACUGACCCUGGCCAUGUGAUCAUUCCUGUGUCGAUAAUGGCUUUAUUUAUUUGUUCGUUCUUUCAUUCACCUGGUUGUUGGCUCUUGCCCCGUGCCUGUCCUUUUCUUGGGUGUACCCUAGCACCCAGAGCAGUGCCUGACACACGGUAGGUGCCUAGUGUUUAGUAUUUUAGUUUAUUGAUCAUUGGCAUGUGGCCUGGAAUUCAGGUGGUCAAUAUCUUGUUACAAAAAGGCACAAGCUAGGGAGAAGCAAGCACCUAGUGGGAGAGUAAACAGGGAGAGGCACAGCUUGGUCAUUGUCAUCACUUGAAUGAGUGUUGUGUAUCUGCCAAACGAAAGCAUUAGAACCAUGAGAGCUUCUGAGGGCUGCGUAGUCGGGUACCACCCCCAUCUAACCUUGAACUCUCACCACUGACACAAUUUGCCCCCACACGAGUCGAGGGGGCACCUGAUAUGGAGGCACAUGCAUGCAACCCCAGCACUUGGUGGAGAUAGGAGAACUAGAGGUUUAAUGCCAUCUUCAGCGACAGUGGAGAGCCGCAGGCCCGUCUGAGCUACGAGUCCCAUCUCACUAUUUAGUCUAGACUGACCUUGAACUCCUGUGGUUUGGCCCCUGCACAGCCCUGAGCCCUAGCACCUGGCUCCAUUUUAAAGCUCUUAUUGAGAUACCUGGCAUUCUUCUCACUGAGAGCCUAUGCGUCCCUCACACCUGAGCACACCUCAGCUCACACACCUGAUUGGAAAUACUUGAAUUCAUAGGUGGAGAACCCAAUUCACAUACCCACGUUGCCUCAGUUAGGUUUCAUAGGUUCCCCCGAAGCUGGGGUUUGAAUCCAGUGCCUCACAUAUUCAAGGCAAACACUUUAUUCUGGAACUCUGUCCCUAGCCCUUCAUGGGGGGUGGGGGCUCUGGACAGGGGCUCUAACACUGCCACGCCCCCAGCUCCUCAUUAUGGACUCUAGGCGGGACUCUACCACUGAGCUACAUCCUCUUUUGAUUUUGAGACAAAGUCUCAGUUUCCUGGACUGACCUUGAAUUUGGGAAUUUCCUCUCUCAGCCUCCUGAGUAACUGAAAUUGCAGGCCUGCACCACCUCCUGGCUUUAUAGUUUUUCCAAACCUGUGAUGUGUCGAUGAAUCAAAUACAAAUAAAAUUUGAGAUUGCCUUUUCUCAGUGGCGUUAAUCACAUGUGAUUAGUGGCCACAGUGUGUGACAAUACAGAUAUGAAGUGGCUGUAGGAUUACAGGAGGUCUAUGCGCAAAUCCAGGGGCAGAGGGUCCUACCUAGUUUGGGUAAGAGGAUAUCGGGCAAGUCACCAGCAAAUGGCAUCUAGCAAGCUGUAUUGGUUGCUUUCUUGUUGUGUGACAACAUACCCAAGGAAAACAACUUAUGAGAAAAAUUACACUGUAUUUAGCUCAGAGUCUAUGGAUACAGGCCACUGGGACAGGAGUCAUGUCAGCAGGAGGGCGGAGCAGGUAGUCACAUUGCAGCCCCAUUUGGGAAGCAGAGAGAGAAAUUCUGGUAUUCAGUGCGAUUUCUCCUUUUACUUCACCCCAGGACUACGGUGUAUCAAAUGCUUCCUCAAACAGUAUGUGGUCUCACAGUUAGCCUAGACACUCCUCCAUAGCCACAUCCGGACAGUGACUGUAGGUUGUAAGUCAACAGUGUUAGUUACCACUGCAGGUACUGAGAAUUUGCUGUGUAUACGCGUGCAUGUGUCCAAGCAUGCCCCCUGGCAUGUGAGCACACUCGAACACAUACCCAGCUCCCGUGUACUGCUGCUGCUCCUGAAAGACCUUGAACACAGUUGUUAGUCUCUAUUGCCUGGGCCCUACCUCCCUGAGAACAGUAAGGCAGCCAACCUGGCGCCUUCUGUGAUUCCGAUGAAGUGCCCUGCUCUCGCCAACACUCUGCUCCUUCUAUUUAUUUUUUGGUAUUUUGACAUGGUGUAGGCUUUCCUCGAACUCAGCAUGUGGCUGGCAAUGGCCUUGGAAUCCUGGUCCUCCAGCUCUGACCAUGCCUCAGCUUGGUGCCUCCUGGCAUCCCUGCUCUGGGCUUUGCUGCUGCUCCUUCUCUCCUCCAGGCAGCAGGCGCAUGCUGGACACAUCAGAAGAAAGCAGCAUGUGUAGCCCUUGCGUGUGCUGGUCAGCGCUGUUGUGUUGUGGCCUGUGGGUGGUUUGUCAGUUUGUUGUUUUGGUAACUUGAGGGUCCAGGCUGUCUCAGACGCUUGAACCCAGGGGUCAUCCUGUCCCUCUCCCAUCCUGGGUUGCAGGCAGGAAUGGUUGCCUUCUAAACUAGGUCUUCCCCCUCCGAGGUAGGAUGAUGUCUUACUCUCUAGCUGACUGGCUUCAAACGUGUGUAGCAGCCUCUGAAGUUCUGGGGUUACAGGGGUAAGCGACUACAUAUGGUGCCUAACUCUUUGGUUAGGAUUUUAGGCUUUUUCGGGGUAUGAGUAAAGCUGAGAGUGAGCUGCCUGUCUCAAUAGAAAAGACUCUUCUUCCUUGUGGACAAGCCGCUGGUUGCCAGCAGGGUGAUCCCAUGAGGCUCCUGGGGUCUGGAAGAGCCUGAACGCAGGGAUUCUGGGAAAUGUCAGCCCUCCAGGCUGGAAUUGCAACGGUACAGUGAACCUUGGCUUUGGCCCUGUCAGAAGAGCAGGUUCCCAAAAUCGGUGAGCAGAUGAGAUGCCCUCCUCAGCUUAGGGGAGAAUGAGUCCUACACUUCUGGCUCAUGAAGGAACUGUCUAUUGGAAUGGGGGACAAUCCAACAGUCUGGUCAACCUGUGGUGUGUUUUGGAAAAACAAAUAAAAGAGUAGAAGUCC